AACGGAGAUGCAUCUGUCGUCUCUCGAACAACAGCAGGAGGAACGCCCUGACUACACCGCUUCCUCAAGUUAAUUAACGGUUGGAAAUUAGCUUAAUCUGCACUGGCUGGAUGGAUGCAGCAACAUCUCUCAAAAAGAAGCUGGCUCUCCCCUUGAUUGUUGCAUUAAUCUUCAUUCUUCUAUUCAAUGUGAAUUUGCCAAACAACAACAACAAAUCCAUCCCAAAACCAUCUGGGCCUGCGGGUGUUUGCUCCUUGGGAAUAUCUGAGCAGACCAUCACCCCGCUCAAAAAUACCAAGCACUUACUGGUGUCAGCAUACGUGGACCAGAGAGUGAAGGAUUUGGAUAUACGCAUCAUUGGCAUAUUUAAGAGAGACUCCAUACAGCCCCUUCACUGCGUUUUUUGCUGCACAAAUGUUUUAAGUAAAACCACUCCAGCAACAAUUUUACAACAUUCUGAUCACUUUGGUUUUCCCUUCACCACUACGGACGUCAUGUGUCAGAUUCCUCAGAACUGCAAAGCUACACGUGUCACUCUCUUGACUACACCAGACAAAGAAAGUGCAUCUGACUCUACCUGGCUUCCUAUAAGAAACCAAAAGAGCGACAGGCAAAAGGAAGAAAACAUGAAGUUUGACUUCACAGUCUGCAUCUCUAAUCUGUUUGGCGACUACAACAAUGUGCUUCAGUUUGCAGAGACUCUGGAAAUGUACAGGUUGCUGGGUGUGAACAGAGUGGUGAUCUAUAACACCAGCUGUGGUCCAGAGCUCGACCGCCUGUUGCAGAAUUAUAGCCAGGAGGGCUUUGUGGAAAUGGUUCCUUGGCCCAUUGACAAGCAUCUGAAUCCAUCUCGUGGCUGGCUUCACUCAGAGCACGGAGGAGACGUGCACUACUUUGGCCAGCUGACCACACUUAAUGAGUGCAUUUACAGAUCAAUGGAGCGUUCCCGCUACGUCCUGUUAAAUGACAUUGAUGAGAUUAUAAUGCCAUACCAGCACAAAGAUCUGAUGUCUUUGAUGAACACGCUCCAAAAUCAGAAUCCAAAUACAGGAGUAUUUCUCAUUGAGAACCACACCUAUCCCAAGAAGACUUUUAAUCAAAAUAAAUGGGGACCCCUGCCUCAAUGGAAUGGGGUGCCAGGCUUUGAUAUUAUGGUGCAUAUCUACAGAGAGGAGCCUAACAGAAAUAUUUACCAUCCACACAAGUUAAUAGUUCAGCCAAGAGCAGUGCAGCAGACCUCAGUGCAUGAUGUGCUUAUGAUGUCUGCAACAAAGUUCAAGGUUCCACCAGACGUCUGUCGGAUCAUUCACUCGCCAAUCAGGACUCCGACCGAUCCACCACUUGAUCGGCUUCAUGUGGACACCCGACUGUGGGACUUUAAAGACAAACUGCUCCCCAAUGUGAUCAAGGUGCUGCGGAGAGCAGAACUGCUGAGAUCAGAGACGCAAAACUGAUAGAUGAUGGACAGAAACACAAAUACUGAAGUUUUAGGAGAAAAAAGCUGGUCAACAAAACACAGGCUGACCUACAGGGGUGGCAUGUGCCAGCCUAAAAUAAUGUCUUUCCAUCCCAAGUCCACUCUAUUUUUGCUUAUCACAGUGCUGCAUAUUAAAAUUAGCCAGCAUUAACACUCUGAGUCUGGCUACAAGUAACAUUAAAUAUCAAUAUAAUUAUAAAGCAAACGGUUUUAUUUCUUGUUGUUAGUAGCAAUCAAUGCUUAUGAUUGUGCCAGAGCACACAGUCAUAAGCAUUUCAACACAUUGGCUAUUUUCCGAUUUCAACACAGGUGGUUGAUUGCUCCACUCUAGAACUGGAAUGAAGGCGAGUGUUAUUAACCCUCUGGGUUGACAGACAGCCACACCUUCAAAUCACAUGACCAAUUUAAGCUGACAUAGCUACAAGCUGCAGUCACGCAUCUUCUAGCAUCAGGGUCUCUAUUUCAGCUUGUGUUGAAAGUCCAGACUUUAAACUAUAUGCCAGUUUUUACAUUUUAUUGAUAAGCCACUAACACCGGAGUUAUGAUAAGUGAAAAGAAACGGUAACAACGGCAUUUGGACAGCGCAAAUAAGGGAAAAAAAAUGCCACCCUUUCCUAUUGGUGGAAUAGUGUACCAUGUCCACCGAUAAAAAUGAUAUGACAACACGUGGGAUUUGGUGAUUUAGGAACAGGGAAAAUUUGGGGAAGUGGCGGUGGCUAAAGAGAGAGCGAUAUCGACUAGUUUUAGUUUUUAGUUUUAGUUUUUAGUAUUCGUGGUGGUUGCAAUUUUAGGUAAAUGGUUGUAUUAACUUAAUUGUUUCCAAAGUUUGUACACAGGUUUUUAAAAUUUACAAUUUAUAUUUGCAUUUCAGGUUAUGAAAAUAAUUCACUAAACGUGUUUGUGGUUUUUACAGUAAACUUUUUCCGUACUCUGUUUUUAUCAGGGUUUUGUGUGUGUGUGUGAUUUCAGAUUUCAGAUAUUUUAUAGAUAUAUGUUUUAUAUCUAUUUUAACCACAUAUAAUGCAUAUUACAGGAUGUAAGAACUGGAUAUGUGUAGGGUGGCCACCCUAAGAAAAUUUCUCUUGUCCACCCCACAACAAAAUAGUCAUUAUGAUGUGAGAGCAGUGAGAAACAUGAAACAUGAGACAGGCCAGGUGCACCACCUUUGAACAUGUACACUUUCAAUAAUUUACAUAAGUUGUGAUAGAAGAGGCCCUGGGGUGCCAUAAGAAGCUAACUUCCUGAAAGACAGGUUACAAACAUGCUUGGAUUGUUUAAUUAAGAACUUCUGUUGUCAAACUCAUGGUAAACUUCCUCGUUAUACUAGUCGCAGAUUGGUUUCUUACGACAUUCUUUUCAUUCUUAUAUCACUGUUCUUUGCUUCAUGCACUGUACUGAAUUAUCAGGAUAAAUAAGAUUUUGUCGCCACAAUGCAAAAAGUUGAAUAACAUUUUGUAAUCAUUUCCUUGUUAGUCGGCAGAGAGUGAUAGUGGGAAACUCAAAAAUAGAGCAAACGCAUCUAGUGAAUUUUGUGGCCACAGUAGUGUGUGUGAGAUUGCUGAGAGAUAGAGAUGCCUUCCAGAGAAAAGCAAGCUUGCUUGUCAAGCAUCAGAAACUACAAAGACAUGAUGAAAAUAAAUGCAUGCAGAGGAUAAGCACACACCAGGGAGCACAAGAAAAAAAAUGGGAACAAGAACAUCACGACAGGCACAAGCUUGACUAAUGCAGUAAAGUAAUGCAUGCGAUAAAAAGGACGUUGAAUGCCACUUCCUGACUGGUUUCACAGCCGCAGACUUUCAAAUUGCAUUCUUCUUGUACAAACUGGGUUAAAUGCUAACAUCAUGAAAAAGAGUUAUCCCUUAUGAUGAAAGAACAGCCAAUGAUGGGGGGAAUUGCUGUUUUUUUGAUUGGUUGUCACAGAUUUUGAGAUAUGGAUACAAAACUUAGAUAAAAGAAACCACUUGAUGCAAAAGCAAAUUAUGAACCCAACACUGACAUGUUACCUCUUACACUCAUGUGACAACUGUAGCAGUUUACAAAAAGAGAUGACUGGUGCUUUUCAGUGUAGCUGGAAGAAGUACAAAAAAACGAAGUCCAGGAAAUCUUGCUAAAUAUUCUGAGUAAGUUGUUACGGUUCGGCGUUGGCAGUGUAUUGUUUUAGGCGUUUUGUUUUGGCGUGACUGUUAUGUGUUUCCUGUUUUACUUUGAAAGUCUGUGUUAUCUUAGUGUUCAGUUUACG